UUAAAGGAGCACCGCUAUAUUAACUUAACGAAUCAUGGGUAGUAACGAGUAGAAAACAAAAAGCUGAAAGAUAUUGACGAAUGGGCAAACGAAAUUUACCGACAACUAACGAAUGUUUUUCAGUGAUAUUUUACAAAACCGAAAAAAAGGCGAGUGUGUGCAGCAGCAAAAAAUUGUGUUGGUGAAUUUUAUACAAAAUAACGCUGAAAAUAAAUAAUUAAAAUUAUAAAUUAUUAAAAAAUCCUUUAAAAUAAACGUGUUUCUAAAGCUGUUCGUAACGUGUGAGUGUGUGGAAUAAGAAAUAAACGCAGAAAAAGUGUUUGAAAAAAAGAGUCAAAUUGUGAAUGUUGCAAACAAUAUAUUUUUUGCGCAAGAAGAAAAAAUUUAAUCGUUAUAACAAGAAAAUUAGUAUAAAAAGUUAAAUUGAAUAGAAUUUCGGAUAACCAAAAAAUUAAGAUUAACAUUAACAAAUCGUUGAAAAAACAUUUACUUUAUAUUUUUUGUGUAUUUUUUUGAACAAUAUAAAAACUGCAUCAAAAACAUUUUCAUUGUUGAGAAAAAAAUUUCGUUUUACCAAAAAAAAAAAGAAAAAAACCGUAUUCGUUGUUUUUACAACGAGAAAGUGAAAAACUAACAAAAAGCAGUAAAAAAAAAGUAGCAAAUAAAAAGAAACGCAUCCCUUGGAGCCGCAACCCAUUCACAAAGUGAAUAAACAAUCGCCCAAAUAUACAAAAGAAAAUUAGUUUGUUGUAAUAAAACUAACAAAACAGGGUGACUUAAAAGGGAUAAACAGAAGACUGAGGUUUAGUUAAUAAACUUACAUUAAAAAAAGGAUUAACAAAAAAACUCCUAUAAAACAAAUCAAACUAUUAUUAUUUACCUAAAUAAACUUAUAACACAAUUCAAAAGUCGUCAUUUCUAAGUUUUUUUUUUUAAAGGACUAAAAAACGAGAAAAUAAAAACACUUUCAACACUUCUCUAAGAAUUCAGAAGAAAAGAAAAAAAACAAGAAGUAAAACAACCAACAAAAAACCUGCCAAACAUUAAAUUCAUUCAAAAAAUUACGUUCUUUUGUUUUCCCUCACACACACAAACAAAACAAAAAAAGCUAACUAAACAAAAACAAAAAAUAAAUAAGAUUUUUAUUUAUUAUUAUUUAAAAAUCCAAUACAAUUUUUUAUUUGCAACAUAAGCAAUUAAUAAACAAUUGCAUAAAUAAAACAAAAGUUUAAGAAGAGAUAAACACCAAAAAAAAUAAAAAAAACAAUAAGACAACAGCUAUAUAAUAGUAAUAAAACAAAACUAUACUUAUUGUUUGCCACAACAAAACACAACAGACGUCUCCUUUGAAUUUAAACAAAUAGAAAACCAACAACAGUAAAACAACUAAAAAAAAAAAAAAAGUAGCAGCAGCAAUAGUAGCAGAAGCGCAGCCAGCAGUAGCCACAAAAAAAGAUCCGAAGAGUGAGAGGUGCUUGGUGCACGAGGGGCAAGUUAACGCUAAUGAGGAUCUAUUGGCAGCAUGAGUACACUGGGGGGAAGUAGGGGAGAGCGAAAUGCCAAGCCCAAGUUCUCAGCACUCGAUAUAAAUCGAAUGUACAAAAAUAGUCGUGGUGAAACGACAGAACCUUCAGCACAAAAAAAUCAAGUGCCACGUAAACAUGGAAUGCAAAGUUUGGGCAAAGUGCCGUCCGCUCGGCGACCACCAGCUAAUUUACCAUCCUUAAAAGCUGAAACAACUAGUUCGCCAAUAAUUGCUAAUAAUAAUAUAACUGGUCAAGAAGGAGGCGUACAAACACCUACGUCUGGUAACAAUCCAUUGAAGAGUACCAACGUAACUAAUAACAUCAACAGCAUCAGCAUCAGCAGCAGUAACACUAAUAACAGUAAUAGUUCUGCAAACAACAUCAACAGUAGUAGCAGCAGCGGCACCAGCAGUCAUAAACAAUACAACAGUAACAGUAAUAAUAUUAGCAGCAGCAGCAACAACAACAACAGCAGUAGUAAUAGUAAUAGCAACAGCACUGUCAUUGGAGUUGGUAGCAAAUUAAUAAAUAAUUCUGCAUCCGUUGGUGGUAAAAACAGCGGUAGUAAUCAAUCUCAUCACCACCACAAUCAACAGAAACCCAUAACAUGGUCUGCUGUAACAACAGGAAACGACAACCAACGCGGUGGCAAGAAUACAGCAAAUGUACCACCACUCUAUCAGAGUCCACAAUUUCAACACGAGUUUCCAACCUUAGAUGGCACAGUUGGUGGCGUCGGAAGCGGUGGCAAUGCGAAUGCAGCAAAUCGCCGAAGUGUCGGCGGAGAGCGCGAAAGGGGGGACAACAGAGACAGAGAUCAAAUGCACCAUCAUCAUCAUCAACAGCAGCAGCAGCAAUAUCAUCACUCGAAUUCGAAUCAUCAUCAAAAUUAUCAUCAUCAACGUGGUGGUGGAGAUUAUCAUCAUGGUGGUGGCGGCGGUGGCGGUCGACAUCAGCAUCAUCAACAACAACAACGCAACGAUGCACACAACAACUACAGAGAUGGCAACGACGGAAACGGCGGCGAUCAAAAUCGCGACAUGAACGAAGUAAGCUUAAGACCCCAAACAGAUGCUGCAGCUUGGUUGCAACAGCAGGAAAAGAACGCCAAGGGUGUUGCAGCCGACAACCAGACGAACCAUCAGGGCCAGGGCCCCCAACAGGGUGCGGCUAAUAAUUCUGGCGCUGCAGUACCGCUACCGAUCUUGGCCUUGAUGCCACCAUUUAUGCAGCGCGGUGUACCGCUACCACCCGGCAGUGGUGGUGGAGGCAAUGGUACAUCUUCCAACACAGAUGGUUCGAAUAUGGGACGCUCCCAGACACCACCCAACUAUCAAAACGGCAUAACUAAAGAUUCGUCUUCAUCGUCGUUGAAUAUACGGCCACAACCUCGCGGAAAUAUACAAGACUAUCGUUCGAACUCUUCAAAUUCUUCGUCUGCCGUCAGCAGUUUCCGCCAGGCCACAUCACUACCCAAACGUCCUCCUCUACUUAAUACUCCUCCACUACCCAGCAAUGGCGGCGGUGGCGGUGGCAACAAUGCUCACCGCAAAGAUAAGGAUUAUAUAAUUGAACCGGAAGUUGCUCAGAUGCAGAGGCCCAUCAUACGCGAAGAAGAUUUGGAACGCCUAAAUGCUAUUGCUAACGACGACAGUUGGACAAAACAGGAUGAAAUUGAUUAUACCAAGAAAUUGACAUUCUCAGAUGAUGAAUCGCCUGAGGAUACCCCAACCCAGGAACGAGAGAGACCAGUAUUCAAUAAAACCAACAGUGGUAAUCUCAAUGAUCAACGUAAGAAUUCAAAUGCCAGCGGUACAUCUUCCAUCACGGGUGGUGGAGGAGGUGUUGGUGCCGGUUCUGGCAAUUGGCAAAGAAAGGAACGUGACAGCUCGGAAAGGGAAAAAUCAAUUAGUGGUGGAGAUCACAUAGAAGACACACGUCAUCAAAACGGCCAUCGUCCAGCAGGUGGUACCGGCAGCGUAACUCUGGAUGCUAGUGUAUACGAAAGAGUCAAGCAACGCAAGGAGGAGGAAGAACGUAGAGAAAUGGAAAGAAAACUGGCAGCUGCAAGAAAGAAACAAGAAUUAGAAAUGAAAAUGAACAGCAAAAAGCCCUCGGGUGAUGGUUAUGGCUACGAACAGUCGCAACAACAGCAGCCGCAGCAACAAGGACAAUUGAAUUCGUCUAGCAGCGGUUCAAUUGGCGACGACAGCCAACAAUCACGCAGAAGCGGUGGCGGUUAUGAACGUUCGGGCAAUUCGGAUAGGGGAAGUACUGGUAGCCGUAGUGGUGGCUACGAUUCCAGGGACAUGAGAGGAUCUGGAGAUUUUGUUAGAGGAGGUGGAAAUGUUAGUGGUGGAGGUGGUAUAUCAACAAAUGCCGCCAAUAACAAUUCCGCUGCAGGUGCCAAAGCACAACAAGGCUCUAAGGUAGUAUUUUCAGCCCACUUUCAGUCGAAUUUACCACCACGAUUUCGCCAACAGCAGCAAAUGCAAUCUACAACUUCCACUAGCGGUGGGGUAGGGGGAGGUAAUGGCUCCGGUAUUAGUGGCAAUAAUAACUCGCAAACCGGAAGAUCAAUUUCAAAUACAAACAGCAUGGGUAAUGAUAAGUCGUCAUCUGCAACCUCCAAUUACGAUAACUCAUCUCGCUACAUACAAAAAGGAUCCGGAAAUCAACGCAUGGGUGGUAAUGGAGGACGUGGAGGAGAAUACCGUGAUAACUAUACACGUAGCGGUGGUUAUCGUUCACGCAAUGACAGCGACAGAGACGAUGAUCGUUAUCAUGGUGGUGGUCGCGGUGGAAACCGAAGCGGUGAUGAUUAUGGUCGCGGCAUGGGUCCCAACCAGUUGUCUCGCAGUAUUUCCGAUACUUCCCAGCGUAAGACUAGUGUGUCAUCAAAUGAUGAUUCCGUAAAACAUGGUUUUACAGGAGACUCUAGUAAUUUCGGCAGUGGCCUGGUAUCAUCUUGGGCUGAAGAAACCGAUGCUGAACUAAAGAGACAACGCGAUGAAAGCUUUUCAUCCUCGCAUAGCCACGAAUCUAUACCCAUCAAGAUAUUACAAAGGCCUCAUACUCAAAAGAGUGUCUCUGAAGAGGAAACCUCGCCACCUCAGCAAAAGCAGCAGCUGCAGCAACAGCAACAACAUCAUAUGCAGCAGCAACAGCAUCAUAAACAACACCGCAUGAGCGAAAGCAGUGAUCAUCAGUCUGCAAACACUUUUGCACCCACACAGAUUCUAAGACGUUCCGAGUCGAACGAUCAAAAUAAACCGAUUACUGCGGCUACAACCAGUCCUACGGAACAACAGCAACAACAAUCAGUAAAACAACAGGUCGAUGAAAAUAAAGAGGAAAUACAUAAAAAUGAAAAUGAUAUGGUGGUGGUCACCAAGCGUACAGAAAAUGAAACGAGCACACGCAAAGAACUGUCACCCAAUGUGGGAGAUUCUGAUAGUGGUAAACCACAGCAACAUGAACUAGAUCAACGAGCUCCCCAGCCGCAGAGAGAAAAACGGCCCAGUCCUAGAAGCGGUGGAGGUGGUGGACGGGAUUCUACUGGCAGUGGUCGUGGAAAUGAUAGAGAUCGUGUUUCUCAUUCUCGUAGUUUUGGAGCCAGCGGUAGCUCGUAUCGCGGAGGAAGAGGAGAUGGCGGUGGCUGGAACCAACGUGGCGGAAAUUCGAGAGGAGGUCGUUACCAAAAUUCGGGCAACAAUCAAGAUAUGCAUUAUUCGGAUCAUGACAAUGACGAUAAUGAUGAUGAUCAUCAAUAUUCGAGUGGCCGACGAUCUGAACGCAGUCCCAAAGUACCACGUAAAGAGGGUGGUCGAGGCCAGGGAGGACGUAGCAAUGCAGGUUCUUCGGAUGAAAGGGGAUUUGCUCCGCGUGGCGAACCCUCACGUCGUGGUCGUGGUGGUGGCGGCAACGUUGGUGACAGAGGCAUGAAUUCAUCUUCUUAUAGGACACGAUAUGUACAGAAUUAUGAUGAUCAUAAAGAUAUGAAACGCACUUCAGAAUCAUCCGAAAAUAAUAAUGCCGAAGUAGAUAAAACAAAACAGAAUCAAAUGGCCUUAAGUGCAGGUCUCUCUAAAGUCAAAGACAAAGAAGGUGAACAACGUUCGUCACAGUCGGUAGCCGGAGGUAAACAACAAUCACCACCGCAGCCGCAGCAACAACAGCAGCAGCAAAUGAAAAAAUCGAAUGAGCCUGAAAAGAAGACCUCUACCACAACGCCACCCAAACAACAAUUUGGUAGUGGCCAACAACAACAACAGGCGCGCAAGGAAAGUAUUUCAAGUACGAAAAACGAUGAUGAGCGCAGCACCACCUCAAACACGAGCAAUGUCAACCAAGAACGUGAAAAGAAAUCCGCUUCUAAGGAAAAAGACAUUCCCAGUUCGGUGGCUGCACCCUCCAGAAGCACAAAUAUAACGGGUUCAACAACUAGUGCUACGGCGGCGGGAACUCAAGCUAAAAAACAAGAUUUACCAAUGACAACACUGCCAAAUGCUGUUACCCAAGGUACGACCAUAACAGUAAAACCGAUUCAGCAACAGCAGGUGAUGCAACAACAACCGCAGCAACCACAAACGAUAACCAAGCCUCCUCCAGGUCUUGGAGGCACCAUUAUCAAAUCAGCUGUCUCAACGUCUAGUAUUUCCUCAACUAUGCAGCAAAAAUCAGCCCAAGAUCUACAGAAAAGUAAAUCAGACACAAAUGCCGCCAACAAUAUGGCCGUGCAAAAACUCGAAAAUGACAAAGCAAAAUUGUCAGCGGUCAGUUCCAUUAGUGUAGACAGCAAAUCCAGCUCAGGAGGUCUACUCAUUGAUGGUACGCCCGUAAAUACCAUAAUAUUCGAAAAUACAAAUUACAAACAACAGGCACAAGCUGCGCAAAUGAAACGUUCCUCUGAAUCCCUGGUGGGAUCAUCGGUGGUAGUUUCAAAUGUUUCGGGUGUAAAUGUCUCCGUACCGGGAGUUGACACACUCACCAAUGCGCUCUCUCAAAUGACAUUUGGUACUAAUACAAAACAACCGGUAGACAGUAUUGCGCAACAGUCUGCAGUGGUCGGAGCCGGUGUAUCGGCUAAUGAUUACGAUAAGGAAAUGAAGCUUGGCUUUUCAUUUGGCGAUGCUACCGAGUCAUACACCACGGCCACUAAGGGCAUGACACAACAACAGAAUGACAAUGAACAGAAACAAACGAAUCAAACACAACAUCAGCAACAACAGCAGCAGCAGCAACAAGCUCAAGCUGCCUUACAACAACAACAGCAACAAACUCCACAGCAUCAGCAGCAACAAUCCCAACAGGCUCAAAAUAUUAUUUCGGCAGCAGAUUUAAACAUGAAAAUUGCCAGCGUAAAGAAGGUAUGGGAAAAUGUUCAACCCACACUGACCAGCGAAGCUGCCACUACAGUAUUGCAACAACAACAGCAACUACAUCACCAGCAGCAGCAGCAACAACAUCAACAACAACAACAGCAGCAGCAGCAUCAACAGCAACAACAAAUGGAAGCGGUCGACACAAGUGGACAUAUGACUGCCGCUUCUUUUGUGGCCGCAGUUGCGGCCUCUCAACAACAGCAGCAACAACAUUUGCCACACUAUGCUGUGACCGCUGUGCACAUGCAGCAUCAUUCGUUAUCUUCGCCCGGCACCGUGCCCUCUGCCUUUGGUGGGCAUGCCUCAGCAUUCGAUGCUGCUCAACUCGAGCAGCAAUUCAGUCAAACUGCAGCUGGUAUUGUGGUUGGCGCCAACGAUGACAAUUCCGUGGUGGGCUAUCCCAGCCCUCAACAACAGCAACAGAAUGUGCAGCAGCAGCAACAGCAGGCGCUUAAACACCCCUCGGAUGUUGUGAAACAGCAACAACAGCAGCAGCAGCAACAACAGCAAGUGUCGGCUGCGGCCAAACAGAUGCAACAACAUCAUGCGUCCGCAAUGGGCAUGUCGCCACCACCAAACCUGCAACAGCAGCAGCAACAUCAGCAACAGCAACAACAGCAGCAAUCGGCUGCCCAACAACAAAUGCAUGCAACACAAGCCUUCUAUCAAGCUUCACCACAGUUCACGGGCAUACCCACAAUACCCAGUCCACCGGCUGUAGUCUUCAAUUCAUCGCAAAUGCCACCGCCACCCUCACAAGGUGGUCUCUACGCACCAUUCCAUUCACUUGAUCAUUCAAGUCGCUCACAAUUUUCGGCAGCUGCUGCAGCUCAUAGUUUUCCGGGACAUUUUGGUGCGGCUGCUGCAGCGGGAGGACCCUUUAAUGCUUAUCCUAUGCAAACACCACCGAAUAUGGCUACAGCACCCACACCAGAAAUGUAUUCUAACCUCACUUCACAAUUCCGCAUGGGUGGGGGUCCCUCACCGUUCGGCAACCCCAACUCCCAACAACUAAACAAUCCCAAUGCAGCGGCCGUGGCCAUUAUCUCUUCAAAUUCCAAUUCGUUAAUGUCGACCGUGGGCUCUGUCAAACCGCCACCCACAUCCCAACAAUUAGGCACCAUAGGUUCUAAGGGAGCCGGAGGCGGCGGUCCCUUUGCAGCCGCUCAACAAUACAUGAACUUGUAUGCAGCCGGUCCACCACCACAACAUCCACAGGGUGGUCCACCCGGACCACCGCCGGGAGCCCAUCAAUUGCAAUCGAAUAGCUAUUAUUCAAAUUCUGCUGGCGGACCUAGUGGACCCACUGCAUUCUAUGGCGGCCCACCGCCACAAGGCGCCGGAGCUGGUGCUCAAAAUUAUAGUUUAGCAGCAGCAGCUGCUGCUGCUAGCCUAUAUGGAGGACAUGCUGGUCAUCAAGGUGGCCCACCCGGUUCGAAUGGACCACCUGGUCCUCCUCAAGGUCCCCCCGGUCCCCAAUCUCAACACUCAAUGGGCAACUUUAAUACACAGUUCAUGAACUCACAACUACUAACGGCGGCGGCUAUAAAUCAAUUUCGUGGCGGACCAACGCCGCAACAACAGGCAGCAGCUGCGGCAUACAUGAAGUCGAGUCAACAACAAACGCAUCUACAAGAUUCGAUGGGCCGUCAAUUGAAGAGUCCUUUGGGAGCUGAUGUCAGUUUAAAUUUGGUUAAGCAAGCUCAAUCACAACCAAGUCCACCACACCAUAAAACUUAUGGAAGUUGGGAUCAAGUAAUGCAACAGCAGGCGGCUGCUCAGCAACAACAGCAGCAACAGCAAUCUCAACAGGCCGUCCAACAGAGAAUGGCCGGUGGUCCGGGUGGUAAUAAUCAAAAUAUGAAUCCUAAUAGUCGUGGGGGAGGUGGUGCUGGUGGUCCACCAGGAUCGCAGGGAUCACAAGGACGUUAUCCGACGCCCAUACAGAGGCCCACAAAUUAUCCACAGCAUCCACAGGGACCACAAGUGCAGCAACAACAACAGCAGCAGCAACAACAAGUACAACAGCAGCAACAACAACAGCAGCAGCAGCAACAACAAGCUCAAAGAGGCCAACAGCCUCAAAAUCUACGCCAAGGUGGCGGCGGAGGCGGUGGCAAUGGUAACGGCGGACCGCAAGGUGGCCCUGGUGGUCCCCAAGGCGGUGGCCAAGUAGGUGCUCCUGGUAAUGGAGGAGGCCCUGGUGGUCCCGGUGGUAAUAAUCAAGGUGGCGGCAAUAAUAAUCCACAAUCUGCUAAUCAACAGCAACAACAAAUGAAUAAACCCUAUUAUGCGAACAAUGCGGCCAGUGCUGGUCCAAAUCGAGCUAAUCACAAUUAAAUUUCAAAAAUACUGGCAAAAUUAUCUAAAAAAUAAAACAAGCAAAAUAAUGAAAAAACGAAACAUUAAAAAAGUAAGUUAAUUGCUUUUGGUUUUAGUGAAAAAAAUUACAAAAAAAAAUAAAAUAAAAUAAAAUUUGCGAAUUAAUAGAAAAUUAUUAUUACAUUAAACAAAACUUAAAUAAUUUUUCUAUUACAUAAUAACAAUUAAACAAUUUUCUUUAUAUAUUUAAAUAUAAAACAAAACAUUUAAGUAAAAUAAAACAACAAAAAAAAUGAAAGUAAUUGAAAAAUUAUUAACCAAAAAAUGAAAAAUUUAUAAAAAAAAUGGACUUUCUCCCAGCAUAAAAAAAAACUUUAAAAAAUGAACACACACUCACACACGUUUGUAAACCGGCGAACAGGAUAGAAACACUUAUUUAAACAAAAUAUAAAAAAAUAAAAAAUAUAUUAAAAGGAUUUAUAACUAAAAAAUAAAAAUAAAUGAAACAAUUUCUUUAAAAAGAAACAAAAUAAAAAUAUUUUAUAUUUUAAUUUAAAAAUUAAAAUAUAAAAUAAACACAGAAGUGAAUUAAAACAAAAACGCAUAGCAAAAUGUUUUUACUUCUUGUAUCUCUACGAAACUCUACACAACAACAAUGUUUAUAAUUAAAACAAAAAAAACAAACAAAAAAUUCAUUACAAAAAAUUAUUUAAUUUUUUUUUCUUUUAUAUUAAUUUAAUUUUUAUUAUUAUUAUCAUAAAAAACCUUUAUAUUAUUAUAAAAAACAUAACAUUUUAAUUAUGCAUAAUAUACAUACAUAUAUAUUUUUAAUUUUAGCAUACAAUUUCAUUUUUUUUUAAAUAGUUUAUAAAUUAUUAUAUGAAAACUUAUAUAAAAAGAAGAAAAGGAAUAAUAACGAGAAAAAAAACAAAUAUUUAUAAUUUUUUUAUUAUUUUUUAUUCCAAAAUAAAAAUAUUUCUAUUUUAAAUCAAUUAAACCAACCGGCAAUGACAAGAAAAUACAAGGACAUAAUUAUAGAUUAAUGGAAAGUGACAGCGAACAUUUUUUUUAAAACAAAUUUAUAGAAUUUGGAAAUAUAAGUGCUGGUUCAUACACAUCAAGUUUAAUUGAGCAAGUCUUGAGUUUAUAGAAUAGAGAGAGGAGAGGAGAUUGGAAAUAUUUCCUUCUUUAUUUAAACUCAAGACUUGCUCAAGUAAACAUAACUUGUGUGAACCAGUCCUAAGGGCCUUAUUUUUAUAAAUAAUUCCCCUUUAAAACAUGGUAAUAAGGUUUUCUCGUGUACAUGUCAACUUAUUUUAUGUUGGAAAUUGUUUUCCUGUAAAUUCUGACUAAAACCAGUUAGUCUGAUGUAUUUUGAUUUAAAAAUCCUGAAUAAUUCUUUCAGAGUAAUUUGUUUGAAAUACACUUGGUUUUUAAAAUAUUUUUGAAGGAUUUCUAUACAAACUAAACUUUAGCUUUCCAAGAGUAUGCUCACAGUGACGGCAGUGAGCAACCAUACAGACCUUCGGCACUGCAACCAACCACGUUGACCUUAAAAGUAUAUAUGUAUAUAAAUAAGGAGCGAACCUACUUUAAUGAAUGAAAGAGUAUUCUAUAUCUUAAUAGCAAAGCAGAUAUCGGAUGAAUCACGGCCGUCCCAAUAUCUUGACAAACUGAGUAAACUUUGGUCGCUCAUUCUUUUAAAAUUUCAUGUCCUCUUGUAGAAUUGUACUAAAGAUGACUUGUUCAUAAACACAGAUCACAGAUCAGAAACCACAGAAUGCACAUAAGCUCUCGCAUCUCAACAAGAUUGUUAUCCCGGCAAGGGAAAGAAAAUCGUUUAAUUUUGUAUUCUUAAUAUUUCGCAUUCGGAGUAGCGUUUUUACUCAAUCCGAGUAGCGUUUUCGUUUAUAAAACGAAUUCACAUAUUUUGGUGUUCCGUAAAUCGAAUCGUUUUACUUUCGAGUUGUUGUUGUAACAGCAUGAACAAUUUUACAAUAAUCAAUCUGGGGGGUUACUCCUUAAUUCGAUUCGAAAGGAAAUCUUUUCGAAUUACAAUGUAUUUAGCACACAUUUUCGAACAUUUUCGUAUUCGGAUUGAGUUACGCAGUAACCGCUCUGGAUGUUCUGCAUGUUGUUCAAGUCCAAGUAAUUGUGCUAGUUCAACAGGAUGAGUCCAUUAAUCCAUAGGACUGAGUAAAGUAGGGUUUGGCUGAACAGUUAAAUAUGUGGAGUGUGUCAUGAGGACCCUUACCACAUGCUGGGCAUAAGUUAAGGACGGCACGGUCUAUGCGGAACCAAAAGGCAUUCACCCCUAUCGUGAAUCAAUAUUUCACAUGAAAUAUGUUCCCUUUUCCUUUUUUCGUUCAUCAACUUUGUUCACGUGAAAAAAUUCCACAUUUUUAGAUGGAAAUUUGUAAACAAUAAACAGCUGUUACGAACAAAAUCAACUAUUGUGAAUGAAAAGUUCAUGGGGAAUUUCACGAUAGCAAUUUUCCCUUCGAGGGAAAUGAAUAUUUCAUGGGAACAAAAUUUCACAUGUUAUGGCCGAUAGGGGUGAAUAAGUCUGUUGCUCCAUUCUGAUCUAAGUUGUGCCAGAACGACUCUCUGGUGGUGGUGGUGGGCGACCUUCAAGUACGACAUUCCUACGGUAUCCUGCUAUCGCGGACUUGAUGGCGUCUCUGUGAAUGUCGCUCCAAGCUGUCAUAUACGAGCGGCGAUCAAAUGGAUCCUGCACAUACCUCUGUAUGCUUUCCUCGUAUUUCCGUAGGUCCUGUCUGUUAUGCCUCGGGGGAAACUCCAACUGUGUGAUGUUGAAGUUUUGAUGACAUCCCAGAAGGAACUGUUGCAACAACAACUUUACUUUCGAGUAAACAAACCUGUUUUAAUAUACAAUAUUGUGCGAUUUGCACAACAUCAAUCCCUCGUUUUGAAAUUCACCCGAAUGAUUUUCUUCUGAGUCAUAUUUCUUAUGAUUUUGUUAAAAAAAAAUCAGCAUCCAUAAGUUACUGGUUGUUCCCCACAAUCUAAAUUUUUGUUUGAUCCUAAUGGUCUUCAUUUCCAAAGUUAACAACAUCUUGUAGGUUAGGUUAACAGCCAGCUGUCUAAUCGAAACAAGAAAUAACAGCUCACUUGUCUCCAUUCUUGUAAGCAUAAAGAUAACCAUUUAGCAUCACGCUAUUGAUUGAUUUCUUUUGUUGGAACUAAUUUUAAAAGAACGGUUUCCAAACACUUUUUUUUAUAGCAAUUCAUUAUUUUGUCGUUAGAAGAUGCACGGCGAACAACUAAAAUCUGUUCUGGUCGCACUUCAGCAACAAUUGAGCUCUGUUGACGGAAACUGCGUCACUUCGCGGAGAUUAACUAAAAUCAUCUUAGGCUUCUCUUGAUUCACUACUGUGCAUAGCUAACGGAAACUGCGACACUGUCAAUAAUUUGAAAGAACAUGAUUACUUUUGGCUUCGCAGUGUUCAAGGGCUUCAUACGUCAUUGUUAAAAUCAAAAUAAAUCGAAUACAAAGAGUAAUAUUUUAAAUAUACAAAUGUAUAGAAACAACACCAAAUUUGAUAUCUAUAGGAACUAGCUAUUACGACAUUAAAACUCAGUCUUUUAAUUUAACAUUUACUUAUUGUACCUUUAAUAACAGUUUGAAAGAUCUUAUCUUUUUUUGAUUUUAUUUUAUUAAUUAUUAGUCCAACCACGGAAUGCUUUGUUUUGUUUUUAUAAUGCCUCGUAUUGAGGAAGAUCUUUCCUACAGAGAAUCCUAAGACCACCGUUCAAAGAGUAAUAUUAAGUCGUUCCUGAUACUUAAUCUAUUGUGUACCGCUAACAGAAACUGCGUUGUAAAAACUUCUGGCUUCGCUGUGUUCAAGGGCUUCAUACGUCAUUUUUAACUACAAAAUAAAUCGAAUACAAAGAGUAUUAUCAAGUCGUUCUUGAUAAUUAAUUGAAUCAAGACGAACUUUAUAUAGUAACAAGAGCAAUUUAUGAAAAAUGAUCUGCAGCUCAAUAUACCAAGAUAUCAAGUUGUGUAUGAUUAUCUUAAUUUUUUUUUAAAAUAAAAUCUUAUGCAAUAACCUUCUUGAACUUUCAGGCAGGAUUUAAUUAAAUUUUUAAUUUGUCUCUUCAGCCAAAUCAUGAAUAAAAAAUUCCCGGGAUUUUUUUUUCCUUUUGCCAUUUGUAACACUGAUUUUGAAUAGGAAAAAUGGGAAAAGAUCUUAUCUUUUUUUGAUUUUAUUUUAUUAAUUAUUAGUCCAACCACGGAAUGUUUUGUUUUUAUAAUGCCUCGUAUUGAGGAAGAUCUUUCCUACAGAGAAUCCUAAGGCCACCGUUCAAAGAGUAAUAUUAAGUCGUUCCUGAUACUUAGUCUAUUUAAUUAAAAAGGCAAAAAACUCAGGCGGAUUUUAUAUACAAGAUUGGGCUGAUUGACAAAAACCCUUGCACAUUAAACAGAUUCAUUUCAGUUGAAUUACAGAGUUACAAUUUUACUGUCGUUUACAACGGUCUCUUACAGGAGGCAAAGGCUUGCAAAACUCUCCACUGCAUAUAUAAUUUAAAUUUGUGUUUGGUACGAAUAUUAUACUUUACGUUCGUACUUUCGUAAAUGCAGUAAAUUUGCGCAUCACUAAUUUAGUGAUCUGAUGUAAAGCAAUGACACCAAAUAGGUUUCUGUUUUAAUGCAUUUACAAACGUACCCGUUUAAAGAUUGGAAUUGUUUAAGAAUUUUGUUAAGAUUUCCUUUUCAUAAAAAGAAACCAAAAACUGAAAAUAUUGCUCCAUAUAAAAAAAUUAUUCAUCUUACUAUUGUUUUGUUAGAAAUUUUCAAUACAAACAUAAACAAAAUAAACUUUUGUAGUCGUGAAAACUAUUAUGUUUCCUAGUUGUUUAAAUUUUCCAAAAAAAAAGUGUAGUCACUUGAUUAAAAAUUAUCUAUAAUUCCCGGACAUUCUAAAUAAAAAACAGUUUAAAUACUAAACUUAUAAUUUAAUAAAAUUGUGAAAAAUUAGUUUUGUUUUAAUACUAAAUGCUAUUGCAAAGAAAGUUAUUCUAAUUCAAAUGAUUUUCGUAUAAAGUAAAUUAAAUCUAGAUAAGAGAUACAGGUAUCUAUAGAUUUCUAUUACAGAAAUUUGAAGAUACUUGUAGAUUUCAUGGCCAGAUAAACAUUUCACCUGCCUGCUAUCUUUUUUAUCUGUGCCUCAAUAUAAAUAUGUGAAAUUUUUCUCUAAAUCAAGAAUUCAUAUAAAUUCAAACAUUUCCUAACUGAGUUAUGUAGUAUCCCCCUGAUAGAACGCCCAGACUUUCUUAGAAAUUGGGUGGUUAUAUUAUCUCUCUUGGGGGUUACUCCCUAAUUAUCACAAAGGGAACGAUUUUGAACCCAAGUGAGCUGUACGAGACGAAGGUUUUGAACGGCUGCCUGAAUACCAUACUCCCUAAUUCGAUUCAAAAGGAAAUCGUAUUUAGCCCACAAUUUCGAACAUUUUCGUAUUGAGUUACUUAGUAAUCGCCCUUGUCUUUACAAUCCUAUUUGAACAUUUCACGUUCCUGAUGGCUUUUUUACCUUGUUUAAUAACUCGAUUCGAGAAUGUUUUCGAAUUAAAAUGUAUAAUUCAUGCAAAUUCGAACAUGAACAUGAAUUUGAAAAUGACUUUCUAAUAGAUUUACUCAAAUAUCAACAAAUAUCAAAAUGUCUUCAUAAAUAAGCCUGGGGCCGAAUUACCGCACUCGUGAUCGAAUGAACUAUCGUAUCGAAAAAUGAUUUCGAUAUCGUAAUUAUAACAAAAUGUACUAAAUUUCAUGCUCGAUAUCGAAUACCGUAAUCUCAAAUCAGAAAAUUACUAUCGAAUGCGGUAAUUCGGCCCCUGCUUUUUUCCAAUUGAUGCAGAACUUUUUGGAAUUAAAAUGUUUAAUUCAUACAAAAUUCGAAGAUUUUCGAAUCGCCUAACUUUAUCCAAAUAUAUGGACUAAAUAUCAGUUUCUUAAUUGUAUUAAAAUGUCGUAGCACGGACAUUUCGUACUACAACCUGUUGAUUUUGUCUUGUGACAUUUGAGAAUAUUAAGAGGGGACCCAUCAGGGUAAUGCCCUGGUACAUAAAUCGAUACAAAAAUGUUCGUAUUUGUAAAAAGAGGAAGAUAACAUUUUGGAAUUAAAAUGUUUAAUUCAUACAAAAUUCGAAGAUUUUGGAAUCGUAUUAGAUUGCCUAACUUUACAAUAUAUUUAACUAAAUAUCAGUUUCUUAAUGGUAUUUAAAUGUUGUAGCACGGACAUUUCGUACUACAACCUGUUGAUUUUGUUGAUUUUUGAUCCACUAUUGUGCAUAGCUAACGGAAACUGCGACACUGUCAAUAAUUUGAAAGAACGUGAUUAAAAUCAAAAUAAAUCGAAUACAAAGAGUAAUAUCUUAAAUAUACAAAUGUAUAGAAACAACACCAAAUAUGACAUCUAUAAGAACUAGCUAUUACGACAUUAAAACUCAGUCUUUUAAUUUAACAUUUGCUUAUUGUACCUUUAAUAACAGUUUGAAAGAUCUUAUCUUUUUUUGAUUUUAUUUUUAUUAAUUAUUAGUCCAACCACGGAAUGUUUUGCUUUGUUUUUAUAAUGCCUCGUAUUGAGGAAGAUCUUUCCUACAGAGAAUCCUAAGACCACCGUUCAAAGAGUAAUAUUAUGUCGUUCCUGAUACUUAAUCUAUUGUGUACCGCUAACAGAAACUGCGUUGCAAAAACUUCUGGCUUCGCUGUGUUCAAGGGCUUCAUAUGUUAUUUUUAAAUUCAAAAUAAAUCGAAUACAAAGAGUAUUAUCAAGUCGUUCUUGAUACUUAAUCGAAUCAAUCGAAUGUUGAUUUUGUCUUGUGACAUUUAAGAAUGUUAAGAGGGGACCCAUCAGGAUAACACCCUGAUUCACAAAACGAUAGCAGGACAAUAAAUUUCUAAAAAUUACUCAUUUCCAAAACUUUUAUACUUCCAAAGCUUUUCUUUUUUCAAAACACGUUCGUUUUUGAUUUACUUAAAUGAAUUUAUCAGUUUCUAAAUUCUUUUAGAAGACUAUUUUUCAAUACAAGUAUUAAAACUAAACAAUUUUUCUAAUUUUUUAUUAAAUUCUCUAUAAAACUGUUUAAUAAAAUUACAGCUUUUUAAUGUAAAACAUUAAAAAGAAACCUAAAAAUCAGCCUGGACUUAUAAAAAUAUGAAAAUUUAUUUUCAAUAAAACAAACAAUGAAUAAAUGAGGUUCUGAAAAUAUAAAAUUAAAUAAACAAAAAAACAAAAUCCCUAAACAUAUUUAAAAAUGAAAAAAAGCGUUAUAAACAAAUAAAGCAUUAAAUUAAAAGCCAGCUUAUCACUGAUAUUUAAACAUUAAAUCAUUGACAAAAAAAAGAAGGAAAUUAUUCGAAAAAAAUUACUGCUAACAGAAAAAUAAUAUUAAAACACACACAAAAAAUAAAUAACUGAAAUAAUUCAAUGUUUUAUAAAAAAAAAUUCUUAGAUGUUUCUUAAAAUUAAAAACCUAAAUAAAAACACAUUAUAUAAAACAUAUUCAUUAAAUAAAAGCAAAAAAAAAAAACUAAAAGAAAACGAAUGAAAAAUUUAAAGUCUUUGAGACAAAAAACUUCAUUAUAAACAAAAGUACAGUAAAUGGUAAUAAAAAACUUGCUACUAAAAUUCUGGAAAUUUAUAAACAAUUUUUGAAUAUUUUUAAGAAUUUUAUUUCACUAACUUUCAAAGUGCUUGUUAUUUAUUGUUGUUUACUGUAGUUUAAAAUAAUAUUAGAGGGAAAUUUUACAUGCCCAAUGACUUUUUCAACUGAACGCUAUAAAAAACUUGAAGACAGGACAUAGUCUGUGUUAAUUUUCAGUACUUUUGACAACUUGCUGACUUUACCACAAAUUCAAAAUCAGUUUUCCGAAUUUUUAUCUCAGCUUAGUUGUAACAGUCAUUAGGCAGCUGAAAUUUCCCUCUAAAUAAAUUAAACAAAACUCAUUUGAAAAGCAAAUUAAAUUAUUAUUUUAUUUUUUUGUUCCCACAAUUUAUUUAAUUAAUUUUUUUUUAAUUUAUUCAUUUUUUUUACAUAAAUUAUAUAUAAAACCAACAAAAACAAAAUCCAUAUAUAUUUUAACAAACAAAUUGUAUGUAUAUCAAAAAAUCAUUUAAACAAUUUUACAUUCAUAUAUUUAAAUAAAAAAAAUACAUAAUUUUUUUUUAAUUUUUUAGCUGCUGCAAUAUUCUCUAUAUAUAAAUAUUAAAAAAAUGCUAUAAUAGUAAAUGAAAACCAACAAAACAAAACAAAAUCAUUUUUAUAAUAAAAUAAUAAAUUUAUAAAAAAAAAAUCUUUUUAAUUUCCUUUGCAUAUUUAAAAAACCAAAAUAAGAAAAAUAAUUAAACAAAAAUCAAGUAAAAAAUGCAUUAAAACCAUAAACAAAAAUUUAUCCAUUAUAUAAACAUGAAAAUAAAACAAAUAAUUAAAAACAAAUAUAUAAUAAUUAUAUACCUAUUAUUAAAAUAAAACAAAAAUAAUAAUAACAACAACAACAAUAUUAUAUAAAACACAACAACAACAAAAUGGUAUAAGAAAUUAAUUUAAAAAAAGUAUGAGAAAAAAAUUACAAAAAAAAAAUGAAAACAAACUUACAUUCUACCCCAAGAAUAAAAAAAACAAGAAAAAGUAAAAAAAAAA